UAUAGUUCAGACGCAGAUAGUACACACAUUUCACAGUGGGGUCUGCGUAAGGAACACCUGUUUCAAAGCAGCCAGCAACCCAGCAUUGGACUUGCAGAUCUUUCUGCUGCUGAAGGCGAGCGUGUGAAGCCUCAGACACUCCUCCAGAUCUUCCUCAAGUCUUUUGGAUAAUAAAAAAAAGGUGACGUUUGGGGGAAAAAAUAUAAGAUCAAAGUUUUUGGAUUGCCCCGGCGAGCAACGUGCGAUCUAUAUUUCUCAAGGAUUCAUGCUGAUGUAUGCAGUCUUUUAUAGAGUAAAAACAGCGCAUGCCUUUCUGGAGACAGAAUCCAUAAAUUCUGACGUAGCCCUUGUUCAUCUAAAAAAAAAUCCAAUAACGCCGGGUUUUAAGUUGCUAUGAUCAUCGUUAUCUUCUUCCAAUGGAGAAACUACGAAUUUUUAUUCUCAAUGCAGCUGGAUCGCCUGAAGAUCAAACAGCCUGCUAGACCUGGGAUUAUUUAAAAAAAACAAUAUGUUUAUGUAAGCAGAAUCGCCGGCGGCGACUGAUGGCUCCGUUAGGUGAAGUUGGGAACUAUCUUGGUGUCCAGGAAGCAAUACCUUUUGGGAAUGUGCCCGUUUUGCCGGUGGAUAACCCGGUUCUCCUGAGUGAUCACCUCGGCCAGUCCGAGGGAGGUUUGAGCAGGGGCUCAGUCACGGACCUGGCUCACUUAAAGGGGAUUCUCAGGCGGAGGCAGCUGUACUGCAGGACUGGCUUUCACUUAGAGAUUUUUCCUAAUGGAACUAUCCAGGGAACCAGACAGGAUCACAGCCGAUUUGGUAUACUGGAAUUCAUUAGUAUAGCAGUCGGCCUGGUCAGCAUUCGUGGUGUAGACAGUGGACUCUACCUCGGAAUGAAUGAGAAGGGAGAGCUAUAUGGGUCGGAGAAGUUGACUGCAGAGUGUGUCUUCCGGGAACAGUUUGAGGAAAACUGGUACAAUACCUAUUCAUCAAAUGUAUAUAAGCAUGCGGACACUGGAAGACGGUACUUUGUCGCAUUAAACAAAGAUGGAACCCCAAGGGAAGGGACUAGGACUAAAAGGCACCAAAAAUUCACACAUUUUUUACCGAGACCAGUGGACCCUGACAAAGUACCUGAAUUAUACAAGGGUGUGUUAAGCCAAAGUUGAUGAAGACAAUCCUUAAGUUUGGACCACUGAAAAGCAACCACUAUAUUGGUUCAUGUGGUGGGUUCUAAAUGAUUAGCUGUGCCAUCACAUCAGCUCUACUGUUGCCAAACUUUGUCGCAUGCAUUGUGUAUGGAGGCUUGGAUGGGACACGCUGAUUUUGUUCUGCACUUACAGUUUGUCCUCCCAGAGGUGAGCCUGUGCCCACUUGCUUGGUUGAAAAAAAAAUAAAUGUGUAAGAGGGAGGAAUGUAAUGAAAUGCCGAGGAGAAAGCUGGCCUGAUGCAUGCUCCAAGAUGGGACACGCUUUAAAUUUUUUUGAUCAGUUCUAUUUCGUUAUGUAUCAGCAUAGCUGCCAUACUUUGAUUCAUCAGGAUACUGGCUGGUGACAUGCUCAAGCCCACGCUGCAUUUAUAAUGGCAUGGAGGACGCAAUCGUACUUUAAAAAUGAUUUAAAAAAAGACAAUUCAUCUACCAGAUCAAUGGUACUACCCCAUAGGGCUUUAAGCAAAGACCUCUUAGUAAAAAAAAAACAGAAAAGUUAAAUUUAUUUAUAGAAAUUCCAAAGGCAACAUUAUAUUUAUUUUAUAUAUUUAUUUAUUAUAUAGAGUUUAUUUUUAAUGAAAUAUGUACAGGCCAGAUAGGCAUUUCGGAAGCUUUAGGCUUUGUAAGUGUAAAAAUGCCAGUGGCCACUAUGAACCUGUGGUAAGUUCAUGUGAGUUAAUGUAAAGGUGCAUGGAUAUAAAAGGAUUCCAGUAA